AUAACUUUGUUUAUCAAUGGCUGGCUGACGCUGCUCACGAAGAAGACUAGAACGAACAGGUUUCUUUCUUGGUUUGCCUUCCACGCAUGGAGAUGCUUCUUGAUCCACACAACACCCACACCCUCCCCUCUUCCACGGCUUGCUAAAUCGCGCUCCCUGGCUAACAAGUUUUCGAUGAUUUAUCUUCUUUAGGUUUCCGCUAUUUCCAGAUAAUUUGACUCAUCAUUCUCUGUAAUCAGCUCCAAAACAAUUGCAGAAUCCAUUCAUUGACCCCACCCAAUUUCUGCCCGAUUACUAUCUCCACCGCCAAUUUCUGACCUUCAUUGAUCCCACCCACCCCACUCCUUGUUAUUGGGGUUUUGGACACACCCUUUUCCAUUUUGGUUGUUUGGGAACUUUUGAAUGGAUAACAAUAAUUGGAGACCUACUCAAGCUGUAGAACCUGGAAUGGAGACCGUGGAUUGGAGGUCUCAAUUGCAACCAGAUUCUCGACAACGAAUUGUCAACAAAAUAAUGGAGACAUUGAAGAGGCACCUUCCUGUUUCUGGUCAAGAGGGAUUGAGUGAACUACGAAAAAUUGCUGUAAGGUUUGAGGAAAAGAUUUUUACUGCCGCUACCAGUCAGUCAGAUUACCUAAGGAAAAUAUCUCUUAAGAUGCUUACCAUGGAAACGAAAACUCAGCCCCCUAUGGGGAAUUCAUUACUAGUCAAUAUUGAAAAUGAGUUGGGUCUUAUAGAAUAUUCUGGUGAAGAUGAAGCAUCCACAAUAACUUGUGUAGAUGGUUGAAGAAGAAUGGACGUUAAAUGUGCAAUUUAUAUGGGAAUAAGGUUGGAUGGAUUUUAAAUAGAUACUUAUAGUAAAUAGUAAUUAAGGUGAUGGGCUCGUCACGAAUCCAUUCAACCUAGUGUGACUUUUUUUUUUUUUUUGAUAAGAGACAAG